AUGGAUAAAGAUGGCAUGUUUAAAAAGUUAUUUAACGCAUUUAUAGAAGCUAAUUCAAGCGGUCAAAAACAAAAAAUUCAGCAUGAUUGUGUUAGUUUCUGGAAUUCAAUCAAGACUGCACCUGAUUUUGUCCGCUUGUACAACGCAAAGAAAGCUGAACUAGAGGGUACUACUAGGAAGCGAUUAAUUUCGUCUUUUUUCUUGUCAAAAAACGAGAACAUUCCUUCCAAUUUAAAGUCAAAUGACAUCUCUUGUGGAAUAAUAAAUUCUUGUUCUUCAACUUUUUCUGCCGUUCCAUCAACUGCAAGCUGUUCAAAGUUAACUGUUUCGAAUGACAAAUGUCCAGCUCAGAAGCAACUCACGGAAGAACUGAAUAUUAUUAACGCAGAUCUAGUAGGCUUAAUGGCACGCGACAAUAUGCGCAUACUCACAGCUAAGCAGAAAGAAGAAAUGGACACUAAGAAGGCGCGUAAACGACAAAUUGAAAAGGAUAUAAUUAAAAAAAAGCUAAUCAAGAGCGUCAGAAGAAAUUUCGUAUUGACAAGAAAGAAAUACUGCAAAAAAAGACAUGUCAGCACAGUUCCAGUGAAAUUGAUUCGUGCUACAAAUGAUCUCCAUCGACAGCAUCGAGAUACUAAAUUUGCUACUGAUACCGUUCAUCAUCUUUGCGAGCUUGCUUCAUUUUUUGGUCCGGCAAAUACGACAGUCAUUAGUCAAGAUGACAAAUGUCGAGUACCUAUUGGCAUCACAGCAGCCAAAAUGCAAGCACCUAUGCUUAUGCAUAUGGAAUAUCGUGUAAGACUUCCAGAUCACGAUUGGGUUAUCGGCGAUCGGCAUAAGUUAAUACCAUCUGUAUACGCCGGCCUUGUAAUAUCUGAAAACGGUUAUGGUGCAAAAGAAGCUGUAACAUACUCUGGUCCAACUUUAAUCUCAAUUCGAUCAGGAAAACAUUCUUCUUCAAAUGCAAUGAGUCAUGCAAGAGACUUCGAAAGAUUGAUGAAACUUCCUGAAUUUGAUACUAUAACGAAAACAAUGGAUCAAAAUGCAAAGCCAAUAUUCAUCUUUUUUGUUGAUGGAGGACCAGAUAAGAAUCCUAGAUAUCCACACACUAUUCAAUCCGCCAUCAGACAGUUUAAAAAGUACAAUUUAGAUGCAAUAUUUAUUGCUACAAAUGCGCCAGGUCGCAGCGCAUUUAAUCAGGUUGAACGUCGAAUGGCACCUUUAAGCAGAGAAUUAAGUGGGGUAAUUUUGCCGCAUGAUUUCUACGGAAGCCACCUUGAUAUCAAUGGUAAAACAAUUGAUGAGAAGCUAGAAAUUUUAAACUUUGAACAUGCAGUCAUUGCAGAAUACGUUUGCCCAGAAAGAUCCGAAAUCGAUUUAAUAGAUACAGCAUGCAUUGAUGAAAAAUGGAAAAUGAAUCAUAUUCGUUCUUCACAAUACUUUUUGCAAAUUUUGAAGUGCCAGGAUCGAACAUGCUGUACAGAGCCACGAAGCCCAUUUUUCAACUUUUUUCCUCAACGUUUUUUGCCAGCACCUUUGCCGCUAGUAUACAGUCCUUCUAUUUCAAUCGCAAAGUCAACUGAAGACGUAGGUAAAUUUAUGAGCUUAUUUCAAAAUGAAGCAUUUGCUAACCGUACACUCCCUUAUGAUUUUCACUGCCCAUCCGUAAGUAGUACAGUCCCAACGAGAGUUUGUAUAGAUUGUGGAUUGUAUUGUGCUUCACUGGAAAUGUUGAAAUCUCACCGAAAGUCAAUCCACAAUCGUAUUGUCAAUACCAAGAAGAAGCCGAAGAAAAUCAUAAAAAAGCGGAAUGAAGAGUUGUUGGUACAGUUGGAUGAUGAUGUUGAAUGGAUGAAUAGGGAAAAUGUUGAAUGUAUUGAAGAAACAGAAGAAGAUGAGAAUCCUGUAAUUAAUGAAGUACCAAUAAUAUUUAUUCAAACUCAUUUGGAAAGUAUAUGGGAAGAAGAUUGUUGA